AUGGUUUUCUUUUCAGGGUUGGUCGGCAGUGUUGGAAACGGCAUAAUCCUGGCUAUGUACGCGUGUGUGUCCUCGGUGAUGGACCCAACGAGCCUGCUCCUCAUCAGCCUGGCGGCCUCUGACUUCGGCAUACUCAUUGGCUGCCCAUUUUCGGCCUCGGCCAGCUUCUCUGGCAGGUGGAUCUUCGGUUACUCGGGAUGCCAGGCAUAUGCCUUCAUUGGCUUCUUCUUCGGCUCGGCUCACAUCGGAACACUCACUCUUCUAGCCCUGGAUCGAUACCUGGCCACCUGCCGCAUCGGCUUCCGUGGGAAACCUACGUACAAGAGAUACGUCCAGCUUUUGGGGAUGGUUUGGUUCUACGGCUUGUUCUGGGCUGUCAUGCCUCUGUUUGGAUGGGCCAGGUAA